AAACCAACUCCCCACCUUUUCUCUCAAUACAAUCUCUUGGCUCUCACACACACACAGGAAGUCAGACAACUAAGAAAAAAAAGCACUCCUCAUCCUCCCAAGUCCCUCUCGGUUCUCUGGGCUUCUUCCGAAGACAAAAAUUAGCAACUUUUCUCUCAAAGAAGAAUUCCUCUCAUUUUCGGCUCUUUUCUUGGCCCACCAAUAGACAAGCCACAAAAAAAAAUAAUCUUUUCCCUCCCUCUCUCGGCUAGCUCUUAGGAGUAACAGACAAGAACAAAAACCAAACAAAAAAACAAAAAACUCCACUGAAAUUUUCUUUUGGACCUCUCGGCUCCCUCUACCCAUUUUUCUUCCACAAAAUCAAACACAAAAAGGGAGGCAGCUAUCGGUUGGACAACUGAAGCUUGGAAUUUCCUCCAAACUCUAGCCAAAGGACCGUAAUUCUAGUUGAGAACCAUGAAUGGAGUCGACGAUGAUGGCUUUCCAGCUCCUAAGCUCUUCUCUCAGGGCUACUCCUACACCUAUGAUGACCUCAUCUUCCUCCCCCACUUCAUCGACUUCUCCACCGAUGAUGUCUCCCUCUCCUCUCCUCUCUCCCGCAACCUCUCCCUCUCCCUCCCCUUCGUCUCCUCCCCCAUGGACACCAUCUCCGAGUCCUCCAUGGCCUCAGCCAUGGCCUCCCUCGGCGCCUUCACCUUCAUCCACUCCAACAACUCCCCCUCCCACCAGGCCUCUCUCGUUCGCGCCGCCAAGUCCCACCGACUCCCUUUCUCCUCUGAUCUCAUCUUCCUCUCCCCCUCAGACUCCAUCCUCUCCCUCGAAGACUUUGGCUCCUCCCCUUGCAUCUUCGUCACCAGCUCUGGCACCAGCCGUUCCAGGCUCUUGGGCCUGGUCUCUCGCUCCGAUUGGGAGGCUUUGCCCUCCGAGUAUUCCAAGGAUGCCAGGAGGGUCUCCGAUUACAUGAGGAAGGUGGACCGCGACUUCUGUUCCUUGCCCAAUGGUUCUACUUUGGAGGAUGUUGCUGCCUAUUUGGCUGCUCGUAAACUCGAUUUCGUCCCCCUGGUCAGGACAGCGGCCCAUGACGGCGAUGAGGACGAGGUGGUGAACCUGGCCACUUUUUCUGACGUCGAGAGGAUCAAGGGGUUCCCCAAGCUAGGCCUCCCCUCCCUCGGCCCGGACGGCAACUUUCUGGUGGGUGCCUCCAUUGGGACCCGCGAGUCUGACAAGGAGAGGCUGGAGCAUCUGGUCAAGGCUGGGGUCAAUGCGGUGGUCUUGGACAGCUCUCAGGGGAAUUCCAUUUAUCAGCUGGAGAUGAUCAAGUACGUGAAGAGGACGUAUCCGGGGUUGGAUUUGAUUGGAGGGAAUGUGGUGACCAUGUAUCAGGCCCAGAACUUGAUUCAGGCAGGCGUUGAUGGAUUAAGGGUUGGCAUGGGUUCUGGUUCCAUUUGCACCACCCAAGAGGUCUGCGCUGUUGGCCGUGGACAGGGCACAGCUGUUUAUAAAGUAUCAUCUAUUGCUGACCAAAGUGGUAUCCCUGUCAUUGCCGAUGGUGGCAUUUCAAAUUCCGGGCACAUUGUCAAGGCUUUAGUUCUUGGGGCAUCAACUGUGAUGAUGGGCAGCUAUUUAGCUGGAAGCACUGAAGCUCCAGGCACUUACCAAUAUCAGGAUGGCAUUCGAGUCAAGAAAUACAGGGGCAUGGGAUCUUUGGAAGCAAUGACAAAAGGGAGUGAUGCAAGAUACUUGGGUGAUACAGCUAAACUGAAAAUAGCUCAGGGUGUAGUUGGAGCAGUUAGAGACAAAGGAUCAAUUCUUAAGUUUAUACCCUAUACAGUGCAAGCAGUGAAGCAGGGUUUCCAGGAUCUUGGUGCUUCAUCUGUUCAAUCUGCACAUGACCUGUUAAGAUCGGAGGUGCUGAGGCUUGAGGUUCGAAGUGGAGCAGCACAAGUCGAAGGUGGAGUUCAUGGUUUGGUAUCUUAUGAAAAGAAAUCUUUUUGAUACCUUAAUUGAUGCUACCAUUUUUUGAAGCCUUUUGCAAUUCUUUUGCUGCGCCAUCUGCAAUCCUGUGGUCCGUGUUAAUUACAUGCAUUGUUUUUUGAUGGCUAUGGGUGGAAUCUCUUCUUUUGGUUUGAAGAGCCAUCUAGGGCAGAAGCCAUAUUACUGCAUGCACUGCAAUUAAUUGGCUUUUGGAUUUCAAGUAUCGGCUACUGUUAAAGAGUAGAUUAUGAUUCUUUGAUAUAUUAAUUUUACUGAUUAAGCGGGUAAGUGUGUUGGUUAAAUAACAAGGACUUAUUUCACUUGC